AUGUCCUACGCCAAGGAACUCCAGGUUGCUGAGCUUGCCGUCCAGCGUGCCGUUCUCCUCACGAAGCGGGUCUUCCAGGAGAAGGCCAAGGGCACCGUCUCCAAGGACGACAAGUCGCCCGUCACCAUUGGCGACUUUGGUGCCCAGGCGCUCAUCAUCUCCGCCAUCCACGCGAACUUCCCGGACGACGAGAUUGUCGGCGAGGAGGAGGCCACCGAACUCAGGCAGAACAACGAGCUUCGCUCGCAGAUUUGGGAACUGGUUCAGAAGUCGAAGCUCAGCGAUGAUGCUUCGGAGAAGCUGCUGGGCGGCCCUCUGGCCAGCGACACCGCCAUGUGCGACUCCAUCGACCUCGGCCGCAGCGCCGGCGGUUCCAAGGGCAGGAUCUGGGCAUUGGACCCCAUUGACGGCACCAAGGGCUUCCUGAGAGGCGGCCAGUACGCUGUCUGCCUCGCUCUGAUGGUCGAUGGCCAGGUCAAGGUCGGCGUCCUUGGUUGCCCCAACCUGCCGGUUGAUGACGCGGCACCCCUUGAUGCUGGCAUCGGGGAGGACCAGACCGGCGAGGGCCGCGGUGUGCUCUUCAGCGCCAUUGAGGGCCAGGGCGCAGUCUCUCGCCCUCUGAGCGAUGGUGCUCUCCAGCCGAGCCGCCCCAUCUCCAUGAAGCCGAUAACGGACAUUACUCAGGCCACUUUCUGCGAGAGCGUCGAAGCCGGCCACUCCUCGCACGGCGAUCAGGCCCAGAUUGCUCAGAAGCUGGGUAUCACCAAGGAUAGUGUCCGCAUGGACUCUCAGGCCAAGUACGCCUCCAUCGCCCGCGGUGCUGGUGACAUCUACCUGCGCCUGCCGGUCAAGAAGGGUUACGAGGAGAAGAUUUGGGAUCACGCAGCGGGUGAUCUCAUUGUUCGGGAGGCUGGCGGCUCCGUCACCGAUGCCAAUGGCAAGAGGCUCGACUUCAGCAUUGGCAGGACUCUGAGGGACAACUCUGGCGUUGUCGCCGCACCGAAGGCUGUUCACGAACAGGUUCUGAAUGUUGUGAAGGAGGUUCUUGCUGCGAAGUCUGCUUAA